CACGGCUCCUGACCAGCGACAGAAAAGGCUCCAUAAAGCCCUCUAAACCCUAUGUAUAGAGCAACAAGUAUACCGUGGGCGGUGUAUAGAGGUUUAUAAUGUCCGCCAUCAGUAGUCUGGUCCCGUCUCGUUUCCUCACGCUUACUGCUCACCUGGUCAUCGUCAUAACAAUAUUUUGGUCAAGAGAGAAUAAUGUACUCGCCUGUCUGCCUAUCGAUUACACACCAGAAGAGUAUUCCUCUCGUGAUACAGAGUUGAUUGUCGCUCUCUCCGUCACACUGGGGAUGUUUGCUGUGGAGUUUGCUGGUUUUCUUUCUGGAAUUUCAAUGUUCAACAACUCACAGAGCCUAAUUUCUGUGGCUCUGCACUGUGCCGCCUCCGUUAGCCUGUCCCUGUUUGUCUCACAGAAAUGGGAAUGUACCUCGUAUUGGUAUAUCUUUGGUUUCUGCAGCGCCCUGCCAGCCCUCACAGAGCUCUUCGUCUUUAUUGCUGUUCUUGGGCUGAAGCGGAAGCCCCUGUAAGCCUGCGCAACCAGAGACACAAUGAAAACCUCGAAACAGCCAAUGAUGUGCCAAAAGACCUUUUAAUCAAUGUGAUCAAGCGCAAAAAAAUAAUAAUCGGAUGUAUGGCCACCU